UAACUGUCAGUGAUAAAAAAUCUUACAUUAAAUUUUUUUAAUAUGUGGCAAUAUUUUUUUGCAAUGUGUUGAUAUUUAAUAUACUUUGUUUCCCAGAAUUAUAUACUAAAAAACUAAAAUUUAGGGAUAUUAUUCGAGCAAACUGUUUUUUAAUUAAAACUGCUUUUUAUUUAAAACUUUUAUGUUUUGAAGAAAAAUUAAAUUAUAAUGAAAAUAUCGAGUUGUUAACGGAAUGAAAAACCGCCUGCAGCCAUUUUACAGGACAAACACCUUGUAUUAUAUGAUUCUGGUUGAAUUGACAUGUGCAUCUACGGCGAUAGCGUCAUUAUUCACGGACUACAAGAAAGAAAAGUUAACUUUCAGAGCGUGGUUACCAUUUGACUACUACUCCUCGGCAACGCUUUUUCAUUUUACUUAUUUUCAUCAAUUAAUUAGUUUGACAGUUGGAUCUGUCUUACACGUUGCUUGCGACGGUCUUAUUUGCGGAUUACUGUUGCAUAUAUGCUGUCAAAUAGAAAUAUUAAGUUAUCGUUUGAAGAAUAUCACACGCAAUCCAAAAAUACUUCGUGAUUGCAUCAUUCAGCACAAUCUUAUAAUUAAAUUUGCUCUUUUGUUGAACAAAAAAUUCAGGUUUACUAUCAGCUUUCAGUUUCUUGUAAGUACAUUGGUGGUAUGUUUCACUUUAUAUCAAUUGACCAAGACGAGUGGAAAAUUCGUCGAAUUAGGAAUGUAUAUGUCGUGCAUGCUGACACAAAUUUUUUUGUAUUGCUGGUACGGGAAUGAAGUUAAAUUGAAGAGUCGACAACUAGUCAAUGAUUUAUAUAAAAUGGAAUGGAUUACGCUGGAACGAAACAUACAAAAGGAUUUAUUAACAAUCACAAUACGCAGUAGAGUGCCCAUUGAAUUUAGCAGCGCCUACGUUAUACCAAUGAAUCUGGAUUCAUUUGUGGAUGUUUUAUAUGCAUACAAUGUGACUGCAUGUUAG